UUAAUUUUCAUUAGAAAUGAUACAAAAAUAUAUUCAAAAGAGAGCGAAAGAAAACUGAAAUGUGAAGUUUUGUCUUUUGGAAACGUCUGCUGGGACGUGAUAUGGAUGCAGAGUACAAUGAGUCCCAUAAAUGCUUCAGUUCGUGGGAUCACACUCGGUUGGUCCCGUGUGGCCGGUCCCCUGUGUCGAACAUGUGCGACGUCAAAUAGUCCUCGUACUGUCCGUCUAUCAGCUUGGCUGCGUUGUUGCGGGCGAACCAGCAGUCCACGCUCUGAGUCCCGCUGUAGAUCCUCCUGCUCUUCUGAACCACCGGCACCGAGCGCUCCUUCACCUUCAGCACGGACGACGGCUUCAUGUCUCCUUGUGCCGGAAGCUCUGCCAGUCCCACUUCCUCAUACAGGAACUGACCUGAAAGUAGACACAAAGCAACGUUAUUUUAGUCUCUGUUAAGUCUUUGAAGGCCAGCCAGUAACUCUAGCUUUUUGUGUUGAUGUUAGGUCGUCAGAAAUGGGGCCGUUUGUGACUCCACACCUCUGUUUUUAUGUAAUUAACCCUCCAAGCCCUCAUUAAAAACCUACCCAGCAGGCCGUGGCAGUUGUGCGACAGCCCCUUGCUGUUACCGAUGUAGAACCCCAGGUGGUCUCUCUGGUAGGGGGCCGGAUUCUUGUACUGAUGCAGCAGGAUCACAAACACGAUGUUCCCUCCGACCGUCACGGUCACGUUGGACUUUCCCGCGACGGACACCGACAGAGCGCCGCUGUCGACGGCGACCGUGGAGUGGCAGGGCAGCACCAUUCUGUCCCGCCCGUCCAGGAUGACUUUCUUAGGCGUCACCUCGAUGUAAGCGCGUCUGGGCUGAUCCACCACGAUGGUGAUGGUGCUGAAGUAGGUCCGCUGCUGCUUGUGGCUACCGGGCGGAGCCGCGGCGCCGAUUAGCUUACCGUUUACUGUCACACCUGGAGACAAGUGGCAUAAAUAACCAACCCGAAGCAUAAAUUAUGUGGAUCUUGACUUGAAAUAAGGUUGUUUUUUCUUACCAGAGUACUUGUGGUCGGACACCAAGCGCAGGAUGUGUCCAGGCUCACCGUUGAUGUUGAAGCACACGGUCAGUUUACUGAGCGGGAACUCCACCACAAAGUGGGGGUCACCAUCCGCUGAGGUAGUUUCAAGGUUAGGAGAGAGAGAGGAAAGUUACAUUAUUUAAAAGAAACGGGCUUGAAAAUAGAUUGCUUCAAGUGAUGUUUUUAAGAGCUCAGUGUAAUUCAAAUUCAGUUAAAAUACACACUUGGAUUUGAAAUGGCCAGAAACCCUCAGGAACAUGUUUGAGAAUACUCAUCUAGUUACAGGUGCUAAAAAGGAGACAGGUGGGACUUUGGCUCUCUAGCUUACAAAGAAAACUAAUUCAUUUUACACGUUGUGAUGAAACCUUAAAACUCUCCAAACCUCUUAAGAAACCUGAUCAGUAGCUGUGUUUUAAUUUGUGAAUGUUUCUCAGAUCUGUUUCUGUCUCAGAUCUGAUUUCAUGAGACGGUUUAUAUACCUUUUGAGCUGGUGUCUCCUCAAGCUUGUGAGAACCUGGCUGAGAUGAAUAGAGAGCAACAGUAAUGACGGGGUCAUUAGCCCUCACUAACGGCCUCUGAUGUGGUCCCUCUCUUUACUCUAACGUAUCACCCCUCGACUCGGCUCCCAUUCGACCACGGUGUGUGUUUUUUAAAGUGCCACUUGUGUCGGUAUUUCAAUUAGACCCUGCGGGUUUCUUUUCAGGUCAUGUUCAGAGGACUGUUCCCUCAGACUGUCUGACGAACAUCCAAAUUACAGGCCGCCCACACACAGAGUGUAGAGAGAGAGUGUGUACUGCACAUUCCCCCUCUCGUCUCUUUCAAGUCUUUCGGAGUCUUGUAGCCACUGCAUAUGUGCUCGCGGUAUAUAGGUUUUCGGAUGCUAUCAGAUGAAACUGGCAGGGGGAAAAUGUACAAAUGUUUACGUGAGAGAGAAUGUGGAGUCACCUGAUGUUUUGGAGAAGGUGAUGGAUUUCUUGGCUGGUCGUCUCUCAACUUUACCUGUGAGGAAGAGAAUAUUUAUCUACUGCAUUGAGUCAGAGGGCGGCCAUUGUUUGAUGCUUCCUGUUAAAGUAACAUUAACCUCUGGAGGUUCAGUUGUUAGUGUAAUACAGGGUGUCUGAAGAGAGCGAAAAGCCUCAUGGUCUGCAUGUUCCCUUAACCAAAAACUAUGCCUCUGAAAAGUUUGUAGUUUGCGCCUUUUUAGACGUCAAUAGCUGUAGUUAGCUUGGAGUUACAAUGGCUUCCAAAGGUGACACAGUUAAAUGGUUUAAAGUGUCACAGAAAAACUUCUCAGAUCUCCCUUUUUAUCAGCAGAAGAAGUUUAUUAAUUUUCAGUAUUUUUGGUGGAAAUUUUGGACCUGACAGACUUUUCAGACACCCUCGUUAACCUAAUCUAGGAGGCACAACCUCACCAAUCAUGUUGCUCAGAGAGGAAGUCUGGCUUCCUGGCGCCCCGUUGGAUUUCUGUGGCUUUCCGUCCUCUGCGUCAUCUGGCAGCUCAUUGGCAGUUGACACAGCGACGCCAGCCGAUGGGGGGGUGGUGGGCGCCGGAGCCAUGGUGCCGUCAGCCAGGACCUCGGGCUUCUCCACCACCAGGUUGGUGAGCGGGGUGAGGAAGUGGUAGGUCAGAGACAGAUUGGUGGCCUGCUGGAUGUGGUCCUCCCUCUCCCUGCUGGUUUGGCUGCGCAGCCGCGAUCGUAGCCCAUCCUUGACGCUCAGGAAACCCCACAGGCGUUCCACAAAGUCGUCCGCUAUCAAACUCAAAGCGACUCCUAAUCCCUGUGCGACCCCUGACCCUGGAGUCUUAGCUCCGGCCGCCAUCGCCGCCGUGGCUGCCUUCACGUGUUUCUCAGUCUCCGUCUGUCGGUGCCGCAGCGGGACGUCGGUCUCCAGGACAAUGCUCUUGUCGUUGUUGCUGGCCGUCACCUGGACGUGGAGAGAUUCUGCGCUGUUGUUGGACAGCUUGCCGGCGAUGACGAUCUCAGAGCCGUUGAAGUAGUUGGUGAACAGAUGCUGGGUGACGUACUGGACGGAGUCCUCGGUGUAGUUGAUCCGUAUGUCCGACAGCAGAGGAGUUCCUAUCUCAUCGUAGAACCUAGAAAAGGAACGAGGAGACAUCUCUGAUUCAUACCGGCAAAAUAAGUCGUUUGUCGUCGCCUUCCACAACAACAUGAGCUUGAAAAUUGCCUCGAAAUGUUGUUGCAUCUACGGCUGGGGCAGGGGCACUGAGUGUGGAGUGAGAACGGGUUGCCUUAUUCCUCAUUGCUUACUUUUACACAUUAUUCUCGCAGUACCCAAACUUGACAUAUGCUUAUUCUUCUCUGUUGAUCAUCAAUCAGUAACCUGUUCAGUGCCUUUGCUCAAGGGCACAUCAGUUGUUGAGCGUGUUAUUACAGAUUUCAUCAAAUGUCAUGCUUAUUCAAACAGAGGCCACCUUCUGGCCAUAAACCUGCUUGUCUAACCUCUCAAAGCUAAUUCAACCCCACUUCAGAGUUUGUGCACACAUUCAUAAAGGAGUGUGUGUAAAGCAAAGGUUGUGAAUGUGUGUGUGUGUGUGUGUGUGGGUGUGUGUGUGUACAAGUCCUAUGUCCUGUCCUUGUUAUCAUGACGCCGUAAACCUCCUCACCUCUUAACCAGCGUGUUUGUUCAAGCCGGACGAAGUCUAUUAUCUGUGGAGUCUGUCUGUUAGCCCCCACGUACAAACUCAGAUGCAGGUUUCACAACACACACGCAUUCCUGCUCCACUGAACAAACAUCUUGUGUGUCAGAGUGCGGAAGAGAGAAGAGGGUUGUGUGUAAAGGAUAAGAAAAAAAAAUUGUGUGAGAGAGAAAGGGUGGCUGUUGUAGUCUGUGGCUGUGCCAUGUUGAAGUUUAUUAAAGAGGACUGUUGUCAGCACCGUCACAUUUGCGCUCUGCGUUCCCUCGUAGCUUGAUGAGAGAUGGACGGACGCGUCAAAGGGGAAGAGGGGAGGGAUUACGGAGAGCUAAUUGCUUAAUAAGAGCCGGAUUAUACACAUGUGGAAGGGUAUUAAAAGUAAUAAUCAACGAUAUCUUCUUAUAAAUUAGGGAUUCUUAGUCUUUUCUUAUGUUGUGUUUGAAACAGCUAAUGUGUAGAAGGUGUUUUACGGGAAAAUCUUGUUUGAUUAGCGAGUAAUUUCUGGCAAUGCAAACGUAAGGAUCAAACAUGGAGACAAAAGAAAAUGAUGAUAUUGUAUGAAAUAUUUGAAUCUACAUAGAGGAACCAGUAGAUCCAUAUGGUGGCCAUAACGUGUAUUUUUUUUAAUUAACUAUCUCAAAAUGUCUCAAUAGUUUAUCGUCUAGAUGACUUAGAGUCAGAAAAAGGGACUUCUGGCCUCAAGCCACUGUUGGAAUCCCCAAAUAUGAUAUGAAACAUUCACCUUUCCUCAUUUCUGUUGUCAGAUGUAAAUCUUCAAUGGACUAAAUAAGAGACACGUUUGAAAAUGCCUUUAGACCCACUUCCAGACCACACUGUUAAGCCAGUCUUAGGCCAGUUUCAAGCCUUUUGGAAGAAGUAUUCCAUCAACAUAUACUCUCUUACCCUUUGAGCAUAGCGCUGGCGUCGGCGUCCUCGUGGAUGCGUCUCAUCAUCCCACAGUUUUCCAGAGCCAUGCGCUCCAGCAGCCGGUAAUCCACGUCGUUCCCAAGCCCGAUGGUGAAGAUGCAGAACUUCUCUUGCACGGCUGAGCGGGUGUUCCCGAGGAUCGCGGUGGACCGGAUCUCCCCGACCGUGGGCCGUCCGUCCGUCAGGAAUAUAAUGAGGGAGACGCUGUUCGGGCUGGCGUCGGGGCUCAAGAGGUAAUCACCGAGCAGAGUGGAGCCGGUCCGGAUGGCACCAUCGAUAUUUGUACCUGCAGUGAAAAGGAUAAACCAUAAAUAUGUUCUCAUAUGCACUCAAAGUCUUCGCUGAACCAUGCAUACGUGUUGCACCAGAGUCACUUCAAGUUAAGCAAUUGUUAUUGACAACUCUUAAAAAGUUAUUCAAUCAAGCCAAAUCAUAUUUAUCUAUCAAAAUAUAGGAACUGUGAAGAAGACGUGCCAAAAGGGUAACAAUGCCUCACCUCCAGUGGGCAUCAGCAUGUAAAUAAACUUCUUGGCGUCUCUGAUGUUAAGGGGCGUCACCGGUACGAGGCGAUUCGGCUGCCAAACUUUGAUCCUGUUGGAGAAGCUGAUGAAGUUAAAGCGAUCGCCGGGUCGCAGAUCCCUCAGAAUGGUGAACAGAGCGUCUUUAGUCUGAGAAACGGAGAGAAAUAAAGUAAUCUCACUUCGAAAACAAGACUAGGGUUAACACAGACAAAUGUGAAAACUCUUGCGCCAAGAGAAUGCUGGACACAAAACGGGGUCAUGGUCUCUGUGGUGCAGCCGUGCUUAUUGUAUCAUAACACUAGAGCUGAAACAAAACCGUGACCCAGAAGCCCAGUCCUUUGACCAGCUGUGAUGUUGUGAUCACACACACCCUCCACCCAUGAAUCAGGCCCAGGAGGGUGGGGUCAAUAGUUGUGAAAACUACACUCAAAACAGUGUUUAAAAGGUCAGAGACCUAGUUAAUCUGAACAUGUUUUAUGUCGAUCCAUCAGCUUUUUGGAAACUAAAAACGCCCUUUUUUUCGUAGGUUGACUUUGAUCCUGCAUGUUUAAAUUUAUUUAGUGGAUUUGAAUGGGUUCCGUAAGCCGUUGUUAUACAUUAUUUACAAAACACAGACUGUGUAAUCAUUGCAUUGCAAACUUGCAAGUGUAAUUUCUGGAGAAAAUAGCAGUUUUCUCCAAGAAAAUUAAUUUUUGCCAACAUUAGUUUGAUUUUACUCUGAAGAAAUGUGAUUUUUGUGGAAUGUUUGAUACGUAGGGUUUUGUCUGUUUGCUGAUGAUUCAGCAUUUUACCCUUUUAAACAGUAUCCCCUCCGCCAAGGAGGUUAUAGUUUCGGUUCAGUUUGUUGCAUCUCUCUGUCACUCCUCCGCCGCCCAAAUAUGGUCACUUCCGUUCCCUGGUUGCAAAGCCAAGAUGGCGACGACCAAAACACCAAACUCGAGGCUUCUAAACCAACCAACAGUUUCCAAACCAACGGGUGACAUCUUUUGACGGGCUUCUAAUUUGCUUUGAAUGUGUCCGUGUAAGAAAUUAGACGCGCAAAAGUACAAAGACUUCUUCCUGCUUUUUCACCAUGUCAGUAUCUCUGCUGCCCUGAGCGUGGGUGCGAUAUAUAAUUAGGCUCUGGGGGGUUUAUAGAUGUCUAUACUGGCCGUAUACAUGAGGGGUCAGAACCACAGACUGAACCACACUGAAACGGUCUAUUGUGGAGCCACAUCAAAGCACACUUGUUGUUCUGUUCCUGCAGCCCACGAUGGGUGGGGUAAUGGGGUCGAGGGGUCGAGGAUGCUGUUGUCUACAAUGUUCCAUUACCCCAUAGACGUUGACCUUCCUCCCUCACAGCACGGCCUUGUGUUGUAUGUUUCCACUUUUCUUUUCUCACUGAAAAUCUGUUUUUCCUCUCCUCUGUUUCUGCACUCAAGGCAGCUGCAGAGAUCAGCUCUGAGUCUGGCCGAGGGGGAUUAUCGUGCUAUUGCAGAUGGAGGAGAAAGGUCUGAUAUUGAUAUUCCAGUGUGGGAGUGAGGAGGUGGGGGGUCAGGUUUCUGAUCCAAUACAGGCAUUGAAAUUCUGCUUAAAAUCAGGGUCAAUUGCUUUGCAUGCGAAGCCAGAAUUUUCUCUGACACACCCCUUCUUAUAUACAGUCUGAUCACGACCCGUAUUUGCCUUUAAUGUUAGGCUGCUACAGUAAUUAUGACGGGAGCAAAGGAGGAAGUCAGGUGACGUAGUAUAAAGAACAACAAAGUCUGCGUAGGAGACCGAUGUUCGAGUCCUGUGUGAACGUAGAUAACUGAGAUAUACUGACUGCAUUAAGAAUGUCCUUAAUAUAUUGCACAUUCCUGCAGCUUAGACUUGACUUAACAGAUUUCUAGAUAUCCCCUGAGUGUGCUGCUUUACCUGUCUGAUCUUCGUCCCCAACAUGGAGGCGCUGGUGUCGAUCACAAACACCACGUUCUUGGGCACAACUGGCAGGUCUUUAGGAGCAAAGUAGUGCACGAAAUGGCCGUUUAAAACCUGGGAAAGAAAGAAGUUUUACAGGCAGUGAGUUUUUAGCAAAAAAGUAGUUUGGUUCUGAGAGAGAGAGAGGGAGAGGGAGGGAGAGAGGAAGAAGAGAGGAAGAAGAAGUAGUUUGGCAGCGGAGAGACUGCAGUGGCAGGCAACCAGAGAAAUGAAUCACUAACAGGUGGGUGGAUGAGUGUGUGUUAGUGCGUAUCGCUGGAUGGGAAAUAUGUGUGCACACUUGCAAAAUAUGAAAAUGUUUCACAGUCUGCUUUUCAUUAUCCUUCUCUGUUUCAAUACCUGAAUGUCUCCGAUCCCCAUGUCUCUCUGCACGUCGUAGCGGAUCACAAAGUCUCCCAGGAUGCCGUUGGUGGUGAUCUUGGCCUGCUGGACGAUGUUGGGGCUGAAGGUGAUCCUGCAGACGUUCUUUUCGAUUUUGAUCGCGGUGGUGACGGGAGGCUCGGUCUUGGCUGACGGCACAAAGACGGGAAGUGUGUUUGUGUUUUGACAGGCUCAAGAACAAAACUCUGGAAGAAGUAGCAGCGUGUUCAAAAUAACAGAAGUAGAGAAAAACAAAGCAAACUAAGAAUGACAAACCACAAAGAUAUGUGAUAAAAUGAACAGAAUAAUAAGAUGUAUCUGUAAACCUGGAGUCUUGGGUGCGUUGGGCCCGUUAGCGGUGUUGGUGCUCCAGCCGUUGCGGAGCGGCAGCACCUGGAGGUCCGUGACGGGCGAGUGGUCCACGAUGGUGACGUCUAUGCUGAGGCGGCUGACCAGCUGCAGCGGCCGCAGGCUGGUCACGAGCUCGUAGCGUCCCAGCCGCCGCUGCAGGAGCUCCUCAUAGGUCAGCAGAAACACGGCACGGUUCCGACCCGGGAUGCUGGCCGCCAUCCUGAACACCUCGACCUCCUCGGGACUGGAGAGAAGAGAAAAGGGUCACUUUAAUGUCAGUACUGGAGCAUGACAUCUUCCUCCCUCUGCCCUGCUCUUUAACAGCGGAGUCAGUGAGUCACCAAAUCUCAUUUAAUGAAAUGUCACUUUUCAUCUGACAGCUUGGAAACGGGACGUCACUCCUUCCACAUGUCACCUCUCGGGGUCACAGAUUCACACGACAGAUAAAUGAUCUCAUUCAUCACACUCUCUCUGUUUGUACCUGUUUAGUUGAGGUUUCACUUGCAGAAAUAGGAGCAUUAGAGGUGAUUAGGAGGAGCCACACAGACUCUCAGGUCCUCUUACCUUGCAUCACCUGACUCUUUGUUCCGGGCCUUGCCGUUGUCCUGCUUGACCCUCUUUGCCUUCGGCAUGACCUCGCUCUGGUAGACACGCCCUCCAAUGAUCCUGGUUCACGGGGGGUCAAAGGUGGAGGAUUAGAGCGCCUGCUAAAUAUUCAGGACCACCCAUUGUCACGUUUCAACAGGGUGCCCUCACACAAAAAGACAGUUUUUUAGGGGAGGGGGGGUCCUCUUGUUACCUUUUUAUGGGUGCACGGGGAUGAACUCUGGUCACUGUAUGUAUGUGUGUGUGUGUGUGUGUGUGUGUGUGUGUGUGUGUGUGUGUGUGUUUUAACAGCAGUAUAAAACUUUCCACCCUUUUUUGUCUCCUGUCAUCUCCAUGGCAGCAGAAACAUCAUAAAUCCUCCCAGUCAGUCAGACAGGAUGAUGCUAUUUUGUAUUUUAGUUCUAAGGAUAACAAAUAAAGAUUUAAAUAUUUUCUGUAACUCUAUUCUCCUUUUUUGAAGGUGAUGAAGUGUCACAACAACAAAAGAGUCAACAAGGUUUGGAGUCACUGUUGCAUCUUCUCAUUGAAUCUCAUUUUCUCUGACUUUUAUGUUUUAACAUGUUGAAAGUACAUUCUCAUAUUCUGAACCCACUGAGGAGAUGCAAAGGUUUCCGUGCACUUAUGUAAAACCCCUUUGAUCCUAAUAAUCCUUUGACCAUGUUAUUAUGAUUGUUGGGUCCACUAUCUGUGAGGUGACUCUUACAUGGUGAAGUUGGAGACGUAGGCACCAGCGGGGAUCUGGAACUGGAAGACGCCCUCUGCAGCGGCGGAGUGCCGGUUGAGCAUGGCGCAGUGCACCGCGGUGAAGGCGUAGCGGGAGAUGAUGGUGGUCUUGAUGGAGAGCUCCUGGAUGUGAGGCUUGGUCUCCUGCAGAGGUAACGUUCAAACGCAAUCACUGCAGAACCACCCACACCAAGAUAUCAGCUGAAUUCUAGAUCAGUUGUAAACGCUAAUUUGGCACGAUUUUACGCGGCACUGCUGCGCGUAACUACCCCCCCCCAUUUUAUUUUUGAUUAGCAAAGCUAUCUCCUCACAAGAAAGCCUGGAUUUCCACAUAGUUACAACAACCAAACGGAAUUUGUUCCCGUGAGCUCAGAUCCAGUGCAUUACAGAGACUCUGGCACAUCUGCGCGCUUAGCGGAUCUCAUGUGCGUCACGCCCAAACAAAGCGCACGAGUUUAGGGCGACAAUAGACGAUCCUGAAGAACAGAAACUAGGUCAUGCCUUCUGGGUGACUUUUAAAAAGUAUAAAGGUCUGUUUCAUCAAAUGUGUUCUUAAUGCCAGGGAGGUCAGUUCACCAUAAACUCCCGAAGUCUCAGAGUAGCGGCAGAUUAAAAUGCACCCAAAUGUUGUUAAUGUGCCAAAGUAUCUAAGACGCCAGACGAAGAUGGGACCUUCAUUUUAUCCUUCAUUUUAAACAAAUUUAAUUUUAACACAUAUUUAAAAGUUUUACUUAAACCAUACUUUCUCCUUUAGAUUCAAAAUAUCGUCAUAUCUGUGAGUUAAAUGUGACUUUACCUUGCUGAGUAUAGUUUUCACCUGUCGUGGGACUCUGCGUGGUGCCUGUAUGUGCAAAAGAAAAGGAGUCGGAUAUGGAAAUCCAAACACCAGAAUGUACAACACACUUCUAAACGUCUUACAAUGUCUAAUUCAAAGUCUACGAGCUCGGAAUCAAUGUCAUCUCCAAGCUGGGAUUCCUCCAGUUGUCCGAGUACACUCGGGCUGAAGCAUAGCAGUAAAGUCAGCAGCAGCAUCUUGCAGUCCUUCUCCGGUAGAACUUAAAAAGAUGAAUGGGACGUUAUUCUCCAGCGCGCGGCGCGUCUCCGUGUGUCCGGAUCAGAGUGACCGGAUCAGAGAGGGGACGCGGGGUGGAGGAGAAAAUACGCCCACCCAUCUGGAGGAGAGAGACGCGGUGCUUUCAGUUCCUCUCCUAGAUGAGGGGCAAUUUGGGCUGCUGCCUUCAGGGGGUGUCGGAAUCAAGUAGCCUACGAGUUAAACCCCGAAAUAAUUUAAAUCUAGUUGUUUGAGGUGGAGCUCAAUUUGAACCAUUUUGGACUUUAAAUUAUUUGAAGGAAAAUCUACAAAUCUUCACAUUUGUGAAUCUGAAACCAUGAAAUGUUUUGACCUGAUAAAAUCACUUAAACGUUCAUCAAAAUAGCUUCCAAUAAAUAUUCUAAUCGACUAAUCAUUUCAGCUCUACUUAUAUAUACUGUUUGGGUAGUUUAAUUUAUAGCAAAACAUAUUCAAUAAACAAAAAUAAUUGGUAAAGUAACCAAAGCUGUUAUAAAUGUAGUUGAGUAGAAGUAUAAAGUGAAGGCGUCUGAUAUUAGUGUAUUUUCUAUGUUCAUCACUUGUAUGUUAUUCACACCAUCAUGGUCAAAGAGAGAAAUCUAUUUGGCGCUACUUGUAAUCACCACUAGGGGGCUGACAGGAACCUUGUUAGUUCAAAAUGACCCCAAUGUUUGAAAUGCUGUGUUUUAAUAGGUGAGUUUGAUGCAUUCCAUAUCUUUAGCGUUGAGUGUUUUAAUUCAUUUUUAUAGAGAAUAGACAUUAGAUGGUUUCAGGAAAGGCAGAGAUGAGGAGACAAUUUCUUUAUUUCACAAUCACCACUCGAGGAGGAGCAUGGACAUGAGUAUAAAGCCUGUUUAGAAGGACGUGCCUGUGCUGAUUGAAGAAGUAUUACAAUGGAAAACCUCCAUUUAUGAUUUUGUUAACGUUCUGCAGAAGAAUGCUUCUUCUAAAUGAUGUAAGCGCAACUCAGAAGCUGGAGUUCGGAGACGUUCGUUGUCUCUUGUUAUAUUAUAUUUAUUUAUUCAUUCACUAUUUGCAUUAGAUUAUUGUUUUUUUCAAUAACGAUGAAAACAAAAAUUCCCCAUAAUUCCAAAUCUAUUAUUUCCCCAGAAAUCAAACAUUUAAUCAAAAUCUAACCGACUGUAAAAACAUCCACUAUUAUAUAGAAUUACAACGUGAACGAGGAGACAGAAAUGCUUCUGCUGUUAGAUCUACUCUGGUGCCAUCUUGUGGGCACAUUGCAACACAACAUCUUUCUCUUGUAAUCUAUAGAAAUGUGCUUUAAAAAGUUCAUCUCUUUGGCUUUGUAAUGUUUAAAAAAGCUGCCACCUUCAUGUCAGAAACACACCGCAAAGAUAUUUGACCCAAAGUGCACCAUACCGGUCAGUUUGUCACUUUUAUAUCAGUUUGACAUGAAAUCUCUGAGAAUGAGUCAAAUCUGUUUUAUUUACACACUGCAGGUCAAGUUACAAAGUGUCCUUCUCGUCUCUGGUUUGACAUUUAAACACAACAAAUAUUGACCGGGACUGGGAGUUGAUCAGUUCAGUGGAUUUUAACCUUCAGUUUCCAGCUCGGCUGUGUCUCCACGAGGCUCUCUGCAGAAGGACCGUCUGUCUCCCAACGCUGUUUAUUCUUAUUUAUAUGUGUGUGUGUGAGGGUGUUUGUGUUGGAGCCCACAGGCCUGGAAACAUGAGACGUCUGCUGCUGCCUCUUCUGGGGCUCCUGCUCCUCCAGCAGGGCCGCGGCUUUGAGUUUGUGAUAGACGGAGAAUGGGAGGACGAGAGGUCAGAUCUACGGGAUCAUCGGGAGAGACACAAGAGAGCGAUAUUGACCAGCGAGGAGCAGGAAGACUUUGAGGCCAUCCGCGGAGAUGACAUCACCGUCAAGAGCUACAAGGUGGAGAGCCGCAUCACGUCGCGCUUCGCCCACACCACCGUCAGGAGCUUGGUGGUCAACUCGGGCUCCAAGUCCCAGAGCAUCGGCUUCAACGUCCAGAUCCCCAAGCAAGCUUUCAUCACUAACUUCACCAUGAACAUGAACGGGAUCAUAUUCGUGGGCUCGGUGAAGGAGAAGACGGUGGCCAGGAACCUGUACGCCCAGGCCAGAGCCAGAGGCAAGGCGGCGGGCAUCGUCAGGGCCAACUCCCAGGACAUGGAGACGUUUAAGACGGAAGUCCACGUGCCUCCAGGCAGCAACAUCGAGUUCGAGCUCCACUACCAGGAGAUGAUGCAGAGGAAGCUGGGCUUCUACGAGCACUUGCUCUACCUGCAGCCCGGGAGGCUGGUGCCACAGUUCCAGGUGGACGUGUACAUCUUUGAGCCGAAGGGAAUCUCCACUGUGCAAGCGGUGAACUCCCUCGGACAGCAGUUUGAAGAGCUCAUCAAAGUUACAUUGUCCAAAGACAAGGCUCAUAUCGUCUUCAAGCCAAACCUGCAGCAGCAGAGAAAGUGUGUCAACUGCACCGACAGCGCUAUCGACGGCGCCUUAAUGGUCAAAUAUGACGUGACGAGAGACAGCAAUGCCGGGGAACUGCAGGUGUCAGACGGCCAUUUUGUCCACUUCUUCGCUCCCUCCAACCUCUCUCCUCUUCCUAAAAACAUCGUGUUUGUCAUUGACGUCAGUGGAUCCAUGUGGGGAGUCAAGAUGAAGCAAACGGUGGCGGCCAUGCAGGCUAUUUUGGACGACCUGACCAUAGAUGAUCAGUUCAACAUCAUCGACUUCAACCACAACGUGCGCUGCUGGAGAGAGGAUCUGGUCCCCGGCUCCUCCAUUCAGGUCGCAGAUGCCAAGAAAUACAUCGAGGACAUCAAACCCAACGGAGGUACCAACAUCAACGAGGCGCUGAUGAGAGCGGUCCAGAUGCUGGUGAAGGCGUCCAACCAGGGGCUCAUCGACCCUCGCUCCGUCUCCAUGAUCAUCCUGGUGUCUGAUGGGGACCCCACUGUGGGUGAGAUCAAGCUGAGUACCAUCCAGAAGAAUGUGAAGCGGGUGAUGAGGGAGGAGUUCUCUCUCUUCUCGCUGGGCAUGGGCUUCGACGUGGACUACGACUUCCUGGAGCGCAUCGCCAUGGAGAACAGGGGCAUGGCUCAGAGGAUCUACGCCAACCACGACGCUGCAGAACAGAUACGGGCCUUUUACAGCCAGGUCUCCUCUCCUCUGCUGAGGAGGAUCACCAUCCAGUUCCCAGACGACACGGUGUCGGACGUCACCCGGAGGAGCUUCGACAAAUACUUCAGCGGCUCAGAGCUGGUGGUGGCCGGGAAGGUGCUGCCGUCCGAGAGCAACACCCUGACCAGCUUCACCACCGCGUUUUCUGCCCGCCUGGACAUCACCCUGGAGACGGAGGGGGACUUCGCGGAGCUGGACACGGAGCUGGCCAAGCAGCAGCACUCGUUCACGGGCUUCGCCAGACAAAUGUGGGCCUACAUCACCGUCAAACAGCUGCUCGCUGAAAGGUCUCUGGCUCCCACGGCUGCCAAGAAGAGGAAGAUCACCCAGAAGAUCAUGGCGCUGGCCGUGGAGCAUCAGUUCGUCACUCCUCUCACCGCUCUGCUGGUGGAGAGCGAGGACGGCAGGGAGAGGCUGCUGGCCGACUCGCCGAGGGACCCCAAGCAAGGCUGCUGCUCAGGCACAGGAGUGGGAGGAGGCGGCUCUGUGUCCAAGGGUCUGUCGCCAUCGCUUUUGACCUACGAUGCUCCACCCUGGGUCCAGAUGACCACCAUGGCCCCCCCGAAAGAGGUUGUGAAGGGCACCGUGGAGUUGAGCCUGCCUCAGCAAGUCAACUUAGUGGACAACGACCCUCACUUCAUCGUCCACCUGCCCAGAGGAAACAUGGACGUCUGCUUCAACAUCGACUCCACACCUGGACACAUUCUCAACCUGGUGUCUGACAGUGGAACAGGCUUGGUGGUGAAUGGUCAGCUGGUCGGCUCCAAGCAGGCGAUCAAAAGCAAACUGAGCACCUACUUCGGCGCCAUCUCAGUCUACUACCAACCGGACGGAGUCAGCGUGACCGUCGACACCGACAGCAUCGCCUUCACCGACGGCCAGAACAACCACUCCUUCACCUGGGGCGCCACGGCUGGGAUCACGCAGGACGGGGUGAGGAUCUCUAUUGUGAAGAACUCUCAUGUUUCCAUCUUCAUAAAUAAUGACAUCGAGGUGAUGGUGCUACUUCACCGCGUGUGGAAGAAAAACCCCGUCAAUGUGGACUUCCUCGGCGUCUACAUCCCCAACGACAACCGGUACUCCCCUCUGGUCCACGGGCUCAUAGGGCAGUUCUCCAGAGAGCCUGAGGUGAGCGUGUACGAUGUGCACGAGGGAGUCGACCCUCUGAAGAAGGAGGCCACCAUGGAGGUGAAGGGCAACAAGCUGCUCGUCACCAGGGGUUGGCAGAAGGACUACAGGAGCGAUGAGAAACGCGGCUCCAGCGUCUACUGCUGGUUCAUACACAACAGCGGAAAGGGCUUCAUCGACGGCCACUACACCGACUACAUCGUCCCAAAUCUCAACAGCUCCCUGCAGACGCUCUGAGACUCGUUCACGUAUCGCACGCAUUUAAAAGAGCGGGAAACACAGGAGCCAGAAGAAAGAUGGGAACACAACUCUCCCACUGGUGUUCAUGUAUCCAUUUUAUUUUUCAAGUUUCUCUUCUAAUUGUUUUCCAAAAGAACACCAGAAUCAUUUUUUCACUGAGUUUAUUUGGACAAAAUGUACAUCUGCAAUGUGAAGAUCAACUUGAAUAUUAAUACAAAAUAAAAAACAAAUUGAACACGUU